CUGGGGCGGGGGCGGGGGCGGGGACGGGGACGGGGACGGGGACGCGAGUACCAGAGCCUAAUGUGAAAAGUUUUGCGAAUGUACAGGACGAAGCUAAGCUGUGUUUAGUUAGAUGGAGGGAAGAGUAGAAAGUUUGUCUCUCCGGUGCUGCCUUCCUUGCUAAUUAAUUAGCCAGCCUCGUCUGUAAGGCCGCGCGGAGCUGCGUCCCGGAGCAGGAUUAACCCCGGCCUGGAGGAUGCGCCUGAGCAGAGCAGGUGAAGGACCCACAGCACGCACAUGUCCCUCGGCGUGCGAAUGGCUGAGCCCGGUACGUGCACCCCAACUGAAACAAGGAAAGAAAGAAGGAGAUGACAGAACCACAGGAUGUCAGGGACUGGAAGGGAUCUUGAAAGAUCACCCAGUCCAGUCCCCCUGCCGGAGCAGGAACACCUGGAUCAGGUCACACAGAAACUCAUCCAGGUUGGCUGACAGCAUCAGAGGAAGGAGAUUACAGUAUUUUGGCUGCAGUGCUCAGCUCUGAGGCUUCGUUCUUUAUGACUUUGAGGGAUAUGAGGCCACUUGGAAAAGUGCUUUGUGCUACAGGGAUUAUAGCUGUACUUCUAGCUUUCUUCUGGAAAGACACUUUUAACCCAGAGAGCCUUUCUGGUGCCCGUGUUCUCCUGACUGGAGCCAGUGCUGGGAUCGGAGAGCAGAUGGCAUACCAUUAUGCCAGAUUUGGUGCUGAAAUUCUUCUGACUGCUAGGAGGGAAGCUGUGCUGCAGAAGGUGAUGGAGAAAUGCCUGACACUUGGAGCAAAGAAAACCUUAUAUAUUCCGGCCGAUAUGUCUUCCCCUUCAGAGCCUGAAAAGGUGGUUCAGUUUGCUGUCCAAAAACUGGGGGGACUGGAUUACCUAGUGUUAAACCACAUAGGCAUUUCCCCCUUCCAGAUGUGGAAUGGAGAUGUGGAAUACACCCGCUGGCUCAUGCAGGUGAAUUUCUUUAGUUAUGUGGCCCUCGCAACAGCAGCUCUUCCCACCCUGGAGAAGAAUAAAGGCUCUCUGGUGGUCGUCUCUUCCCUCACAGGGAAAAUACCCACUCCCUUCACCACUUCUUACUCUGCCACCAAGUUUGCUCUGGAUGGAUUCUUCAGCUCACUGCGCCAUGAACUCAUCAUGCAGAAGAGAAACAUCUCUGUCACACUGUGCAUCCUGGGCCUGAUUGAUACUGAUACGGCAUUAGAGAAGACCAGGGGCAAAGUGUACCUAACUGCUUCUCCUGCUGCUGAAGCAGCACUCACCAUCAUCCAAGCAGGUGCCACCAAGGUGCAGGAGGUUUUCUACCCGUGGUGGCUGCAGCACACAUGCAGCCUCUGGGUUUUGUUCCCCUGCCACCGGAACCAGGUUUUACAGAGUUUCUAUAACUAUAGCAGCCCUUGAAGGCUGCACAGUCUCAGUCUCCUCUCCUGUACUAGAUCCCUUCUAAUUAUAGUCACCCCCGUCCCACUAAGCAUUCCGGUCAACCAUCAGUAUCAGUUGGGAGCAAGGCAGCAGUGGUGGAAAAGUAAGCUUAGCUCAUUUCAUAAGACUCUGCUUGGACUCCCUUUCACCCUGCAUCAGUCAUAGUUCUGAUUUUUCUGCCCAGUACUCAGAGAUCCAUUCCCACUGUUCACUGUCCCACUGUCUGAGCUUUCCACCCAUUUUCUCUCCUUCAGCCUCACCUGUCUGCUCUUACCACCUCAGGUUCUUCCCUCAGCUCCAUCUGUAAUGUCUGAAGGUUAUUAGUGCCUCAUAUUCUCUGCCAAGGGUCAAACAGCAGUCUUCAGCAGGAAUGACGUGUUCAGAGCCCUUCCAACCUUUUCUAACAGAUACUGCAUUGUAUGGCACCAAAACUGAGGUGGGCUCUGCAGGGUUAUUGGGCAUUGCUUGGGAACUGCAAACUAGGCACAUAUGGCUGUUUUCCCCCUUGCUAAUGUAGACGUGCUACUGCAGGUGUUGCUUUUCGGGAGUGGAUUCACCUUCCCUUCUUGUUCAUCAGGUACUUGGGGUGCUAAAACGAGUCAUCACUCAGCUGAGUGCUUUCCCUCCCUCCACAGCCAGUUUCCCAGCAUGGGUAAAGAACAAAUAUCUUGGAGAGGAAGGUGGGGAUUCUUUCUUUUUCAUGGCUCUGGGAAUGACAAGCAGAACUGUUAUGCCCACAUUCUGCUUUUGCUGAUGAGCAGUAGCCAGGUUGGGGAAGCAGAAUAACCCCCUACCAGCACCACCACUUCUGCAUACCAGGUAUGAGUCUUUUUCCACGUAGGAAGAAUGCAGCUUGCAGUACUCUAUGUAACAAGACCAGAGCCUGCUGGGACCAAGGGCUUCUGGGUGUGUGUAGCAAGGUGUUUCCCAGGCCAGCACAAUUUGAUGUGCACAGAACAAAGAAAAUAGAAGAGGAACGGGAGACCCUGUUGUGAGAGUUUGGCGUUGUGAAAACAAUACUUUUGCUGGUUUUGUAUUGCAGUCAUUUUAAUAGCUAAAAUUUGCUUGAGAAGCAUAUUUAGUCUAGAGUGUUUUAUAACUCUCCACCAAAAUGGGACAGAUGUUUUCCUUUCUUGGCAGGAGAAACUGAGGUACAGAGAGUCUGGCUUUCAGCAGGUGAGCCCUCAGCCUUCCUCCCUGCUUAUGCUUCCCCCUGAAGGAACUCAAGGUGGAAAAGCCAAAGGCAGUAAGGUGCAAAGACCUGUGGCUUUUUGAGUCAGCCCAAUUGUCCGGUCCUUGCUGGGAAUUUUUUCAUCCCCACUCACCUAUUCCCUCAUUGGAAGGACUCAAUCCUUUAGACUGUUCUUCCUUUCCCCACCCCUCUUUCUCCAUCUGCUUUUUGUCCCCAAGAUACUCUUAUUUAGCCCCUUUCCGCCUGAUUCUCCCAUAGAGGGGAAACAGCAGUGUCUGGAAGCCAUGCAAGGCUGGUUACUAACCUGUGUUUUCAAAGGUGUGUUAAAACUAGAAUAAAACUGAGGUUUAUAGGUU